GUUUUAGGGUUUAAGGGCCUUAUGCCACCUCCAUCCGAAUUUAGCCUCUGUUUCCAAGCAGACGGUCUUUUCUCCCAUUUCCUCACUUUUCCCUUCGAUCUCUGGACUUAAUGAGGGUUGAAUUCUAGCCUGCACUAGCGCCUCGCACUAAAAUUUCAGUCUCCCAGCCGCAGGAGGGGGAGGUGAGGUGAAAGAUGAAGCUCUUGCGGCUGAACAAAGCGCCAGCCGCUAUCGUGUCGGAGCUUACGACGAUGGCGCCUAUGAAAUACAAGAUCUGUUAUUUUUUGAAUUGGAAUGAUGUGGGAUAUAACGUGGUCGCAUCCAAGAGAGUGUUUUCUACGCUGCGGAGAGUGAGCCAAGAUUACCAGGGGUUGUUGUUGCCGAGGCAUGGAAACAGACUCACGACGUCUCGUUCUUUGCCGUCUUCUUCGUUUCAAUCGUCCCAAUUCUCAACGUCUCAUUUGCCGGCCCAGAAAGGUAAAAAGAAGCUGGCGGUUCCAAGAGCUGCAGGAACAAGUUUACAAGAUCUCUUCAAGCAAGACUUACAGUCGUCCUCACCGUUCAAUGUUGACCCAUCGGCGACAGUUGUGCCUUACCUGGAGGACUCAUCCCGAAGGGUGGACGGUGGGAAGUUGUACGUGGAGACUUAUGGGUGCCAGAUGAACGUGAAUGAUAUGGAAAUAGUGCUCGCUAUUAUGAAAGACUCAGGAUAUACAGAGAUUGUUCAAACACCUGAAGAGUCGGACAUUAUCUUUAUCAAUACGUGUGCAAUCAGAGAGAACGCCGAACAUAAAAUCUGGCACCGGCUCAAUUACUUCAAGCACUUGAAAUCCCGGUGGAAUCGUGAUCCUGCUACAAGUGCUACCCGUCCAGCCAAGCCUCCCAAGGUUGCAGUGCUGGGCUGCAUGGCUGAACGUUUGAAGGAGAAACUGAUCGUUGCUGACAAAAUGGUGGACGUAGUUUGUGGGCCUGACGCUUACAGGGAUCUUCCUCGCCUUCUCUCUCUUGUCGAUGAAGGUCAAACUGGUAUCAACACUCUGUUGUCUCUCGAAGAAACGUACGCAGACGUCUCACCGGUGCGAAUUGCAAAGAAUUCUGUGACUGCUUUCGUAUCAGUCAUGCGCGGCUGCAACAAUAUGUGCUCAUUCUGCAUCGUACCUUUCACACGAGGCAGGGAGCGUUCACGUCCUGUUAGUUCAAUUGCACGGGAGGUAGGCGAGCUCUGGGAGCAGGGUGUAAAGGAAGUGAUAUUGCUUGGUCAAAAUGUUAAUAGUUACAACGACACUAGCGAAAUAGAUGGAGGAGAUGAAAAUGGUAGCUUGUUAUCGCUUAGCACUUUAGGAGUAGAAGAGGGGAAAGAAAGCCAGCUCCCUCCCAUUAUGGAGUCCAGCUUCGGAGACAAGAAAGCCAAGUACAUGUCAACUCUGAGCCCUGGGUUUUCUACCAUUUACAAAACCAAGGAACUUGGAUUGAGUUUCGCACACCUUCUUGACGUCCUGUCAUCUCAAUAUCCAGAAAUGAGAUUUCGGUUCACAUCCCCACAUCCCAAGGACUUUCCUGAUGAUUUACUGUUUCUGAUGCGGGAUCGACCCAACAUCUGUAACAUGGUUCACCUUCCAGCACAAAGUGGAAGCACCAGAGUGUUGGAGAGAAUGAGACGUGGAUAUACAAGAGAAGCCUAUUUGGCUUGCGUUGACAGGAUACGGAUGAUCAUUCCUGAUGUGAGCAUAAGCAGCGACUUCAUUUCUGGCUUCUGCGGGGAGACUGAGGAAGAUCAUCAGGAUACUCUUAAAUUGGUAGCUGAAGUGGGUUACGACAUGGCCUAUAUGUUCGCUUACAGUAUGAGAGAAAAGACUCACGCUCACCGGAAUUAUGAGGAUGAUGUACCUGAGCCUGUCAAGAACAGACGACUUGCAGAAAUGAUAACCACUUUUCGGGAAACAACUCUGCCAAGGUUCACAUCCCAGUUACAGACAAUGCAGCUAGUGCUCGUAGAAGGUCCUAACAAGCGAGCUCCAGAAACUGAACUGGUUGGGAAGAGUGACAAGGGGCAUAGAGUCAUUUUUCCUAAAGUGCCUGUCAUGGAUGGACUCUCUGCAGCCGAGGUCUCUGAAGAGGGCUGUAAUCCGUUCGACAGGAAAGCUUGCCAGGAGAUGGUGGACUUGAAGCCUGGAGAUUUUGUCGAAGUGUAUAUUACCGAGACAACUCAUGCCUCACUUCGAGGAGAACCUUUGUUGAGGACUAGCAUUACACAAUUUCAUGAAAAAUAUAGUUAGAGUAUAGUAUCAACUUGCAGCAAGUUUCUUCAAGGAUCUGACUGUAUGGUUGGUGUUUUGCUGGAGAGGUUUGCAAUAUCUCAUUCUUUAUCGAGGCAAGAUGGGUUGUCGAUUCUAUUGUUUACAAUAAUUUUGUCCUCUUAUUUAUGGGUGUCAAAACAUUCUGGUGAGAAUGCAGGGAGUGACUGGUCAGUGAUCCCGAGAAUUAGUCCUCUUAACUACAGAGAGCUUGACACUUUGCUUCCUCUGUCUAGUUCUUGUACUUUUUCAGUUUUUAAAGUAUGUAUAGAUAAGAAAGGAAAGACAUGGAUGUCAUUGAUUUUUUACAUACAAACUCCCUGAAAGGAAAAGAGACCAGGGUGAGUAGCAACAUCUGUACUGAGAAACGUU